AUGAUUACAUGCGGUGGACCUUGCUAUUUUUAUCAAGCAACAAUUAGCACUUUGGAUCAAUUUAUUGAUCUUGUUUUUCCUGUUGCAGUUAGUAGUCUUGCUAGUCUUAUAUUAUUAAGUCGUGUUCUAUGGCAAAAACGUCGCAUGCAACAACAGCAAAUGUGGAAAAAAAAUCGACGUCUUGUUAUACAAUUAUUAUAUAUUGUUAUAUUGUAUAAUAUCGUCUGGUUGCCUAUGAUAAUUUGUUCAUCAAUUAUGCUGUUUUCUCCAGUUCCACAACCUUUCUUGGUUGAAUUGAGUAUCAAUAUUUUACCAUAUGGUAUCUACGUUGUGAUUUUGCUGUGUCCUUUUGUUUCAUUAAUGAGUUUACCUGAAUUAUGGCUUCGGCGUCGUCCUCAGGUUCUUCCAAUCGCAAGACCUGGCAAUUCAUUACGACCUCUAGCACUAAUACCAACCACAGGUGUCAAUUUUUCAUCUAGAGCAUUCUGA